GAGUUCUUUUUUUUUUUCUUCUUCUUUCACUUACCUAUGGCCAUUGCCCAUUAGUACUACCUUAACGUUUAUUAAAUUAAUUUAAUGAUUGUUUUUCCCCAAGUGACAUCCUUUCUUGGGCCCUUUUCAUUUAUAAGUGUAUGUGUCUCUCUCUCCACCUUAUCUAGAGCAAGCUGUGAAGGCAAGUUUGCAUAUUCGCCCCCACUUUCACAUUAUUCAACCAAAAAAGUCUCAUUUUUUUCUGGUGAGAGGGCCUAGCUUAGGUAGUACUUCCUUCUCUUUAAUUAGCUCCAUGCAUGGUUGAAGGCCUCCACUCUUAUUCUUCUUCUGCUUCUGUGCUGCUGCUGCUAAUUGGAGCUGUGAAAAUGGGAGAAAGAGGGAGCUUUAUGCUCUGAUUAGAGUUCUAAAAAAGAAGAAAAAAAAAUACAUAUUGUUUGAGAGUUUUGUUAUAAUGCCACCAGUUCCACUUGCUCCCUACCCAACACCCUCGGUUCCAUAUACUACGCCUCCAUCAAAUGGUGCACAGAGUCAACUUGUGUGUUCCGGUUGCAGAAACCUACUGAUGUAUCCAGUUGGAGCCACGUCAGUGUGUUGUGCAGUUUGCAAUGCAGUGACAGCAGUGCCACCACCUGGCACAGAAAUGGCCCAGUUAAUUUGUGGAGGAUGUCACACUUUACUGAUGUACAUCCGCGGAGCGACAAGUGUACAAUGCUCUUGUUGCCACACCGUCAAUCUAGCACUGGAAGCAAAUCAAGUGGCGCAUGUUAAUUGUGGCAACUGUAGGAUGUUGCUGAUGUACCAAUAUGGAGCAAGAUCCGUGAAAUGUGCGGUCUGCAGUUUUGUAACCUCUGUUGGGGACUCAUCAACAAGCACCACAGAGCAGAAAUUCAGCACUUGAUAACAAAGUACAAGCUCUAAAAACCUUGGUUUUGCUAUUGACAUAUAUAUAUAAACACCAUAUUACAUAUGAUAUAUUAUAAUAUAUCACCCUUGAGAGAAUAACAAGAGCAUAAAAGACGAGUAAGAUGGAGGAGAUUCUCUUCACAUGUAUAGAGCUAUUUUUCCCUCGAGUGAUUUGAUUAAAUAGUUUUGGUAUUAUUAUUGGGGUGUAAGGAUAAACUAUUUAUCAUUAUAUGUUUUUCCUGCUUCUGGGUGCUUUUGAAGAAA